AGCUCGAAGCAGAAGAGGGAGAACGAGGGUGAGCACGCUGAGCAGCCGUGCGUGCGCUCCGCUCUGCGCCACAGGAUCGCCCAACGAAGCACAAGCCAGCAGGGUCGCGGUCCUGAGGACGUUGCUGCCACCCAGGCGUGCAGAGAACCAACCACAGAAUCUGGAGGUCGAAGCAGCCCCGAUUCGGGGCAGUUUCGGUACUCGGAGGGUGCGGAGGAAAAGCGAAGCCAGAACGCAGAUCCCAGACUCCGGAGGAGAAAGGACAGUGGCUCACGGUGACUGCACGUCGCGAGCCCCAAAGCUCCCAGAAUCGUCUGGAUCGCGCUCUGCGCUUCGCAGCUGGACGGCACGCCCCCUUAGCUUCCUCACCCUUCCCUCUGGGCGCCUCCUCACCUGACCCCGGAGGAACUUCCACCUACAAAAGGUGCAGGACAAAGCCAGAUACCCGGCGCCCACCAUGCGUCUCAACAGCUCCGUGCCGCAGGGCGCUCCUGGUGAACCCGGAGCCCAACCCUUCCCGCGACCGCAGUCAGGACUGGAGGCCAUGCUCCUGGCGCUCGGCUUGGGCAAUGGCUCUGGCAACACCUCGGAAUCCAUUCUGGCAGCACCCAACAGCGACCUGGACGUGAACACUGACAUCUAUUCCAAGGUGCUGGUGACCGCUGUAUACCUGGCACUCUUUGUGGUAGGCACUGUGGGCAACUCAGUGACAGCCUUCACCCUGGCGCGGAAGAAGUCACUGCAGAGUCUGCAGAGCACUGUGCACUACCACCUGGGGAGCCUGGCGCUGUCCGACCUGCUCAUCCUGCUGCUGGCCAUGCCUGUGGAGCUGUACAACUUCAUCUGGGUGCACCAUCCCUGGGCCUUUGGGGAUGCCGGCUGCCGUGGCUACUAUUUCCUGCGCGAUGCCUGCACCUAUGCCACAGCCCUUAAUGUAGCCAGCCUGAGUGUGGAGCGGUACUUGGCCAUCUGCCAUCCCUUCAAGGCCAAGACCCUCAUGUCCCGUAGCCGCACCAAGAAGUUCAUCAGCGCUAUAUGGCUAGCCUCGGGGCUGCUAGCUGUGCCCAUGCUCUUCACCAUGGGCCUAAAGAACCGCAGUGCUGAUGGCCAGCACCCUGGUGGCCUGGUGUGCACGCCCAUCGUGGACACAGCCACCGUCAAGGUCGUCAUCCAGGUUAACACCUUCAUGUCCUUUGUGUUCCCCAUGCUGGUCAUCUCUGUCCUAAACACUGUGAUUGCCAACAAACUGACUGUCAUGGUGCACCAGGCCAACGAGCAAGGCCGGGUGUGCAUCGUGGGCACCCAGAACAGCUUACAGCACAGCACGUUCAGCAUGUCCAUCGAACCUGGUCGUGUCCAGGCCCUACGCCACGGAGUCCUCGUCUUACGUGCUGUGGUCAUCGCCUUUGUGGUCUGCUGGUUGCCUUACCAUGUACGGCGCCUCAUGUUCUGCUAUAUCUCGGAUGAACAGUGGACUACGUUCCUCUUCGACUUCUAUCACUACUUCUACAUGCUGACCAACGCCCUCUUCUACAUCAGCUCGGCCAUCAACCCCAUCCUCUACAACCUGGUCUCUGCCAACUUCCGCCAGGUCUUCCUGUCCACGCUGGCCUGCCUGUGUCCCGGUUGGCGGCGCCGAAAGAAGAGGCCAGCGUUCUCCAGGAAACCGAACAGCAUGUCCAGCAACCAUGCCUUCUCUACCAGCGCCACGCGGGAGACCGUGUACUAGACCCUGAGGAGGUCGGGAAAGGGCCUCAGCUUGUGGGCCUCCCAGGCCUUAGCGGGGUUCACCAGUCUAAACCAUACCGAUGAGGCUGGGGCUCCCUGCCCCUGGAGGCUUCUUUCUUUACACUUUCUCUUUCCUUUCUUCCUUUGCUCCCCUCCUCCCCAGUCCUCUAUUCCUGUUCUCUGUCCCUCUCCUACCUCCGAUUUAAAAGCGAGAACAGAGGCCGUUUCUCUCUCUGACCCUCCAAAGGUCUCUAACAAGAAGAAACUAGCACUCACCAAGGACAGCCUCCUUUGUUCCCAGACUAAUGGAUGCUUAGAAAGAAGAAAUGAAAGCAACGCAUUGGGACCCGGCUCUUGGGUAAACGGGACAUUAUAAUCAUAACAGCACUUUGUAGCUGCACCAGCUGGGCCAGACACCGACUAAAGCUGGACUUGGGCUCAAAGUCCACAGGCUCCAUCUCAGCUUCCUAUGCCUCUGUUCCUGCCCUGGUCCUGCAGGUCCUGUGACUCUCUCCGAGCCUCAUGUCCAGACCCUUCCUGGGCAGCUGAAAGCUGAGAGGAGCCUCUGUCUCUACCCUGGACAGCUAUGGCCCACUAAAGAGACCAAGCUCUCACAUGCUCAGAAAGGACAAAAGGCUGACCUGGACUCAUACAGACCUGGACUCCCUCUUCUUUAGGCCCAUCCUCACCCAGGACAAUCCUCAAGUGGCCUUGCAGGGAUAUCUGCACUGGGGCCUUGACCUUUUGGAUCUGCAGAGGGCUGGCAGAUAAAUGGGGCCCAGCCUCCCCGUCCAGGUGAUUUUGUUGGGGAGAUACAUAGUCCUGUGUCUCUUAAGCAGCUGUGUAGACUUAGGGUCUGGCAGCUGCUGGCUUCAGGACAGGACUUCUGAGAAGGGCACCGAGCCAGGGCCUCAGCAAGUUGCCAGUGUCUGAGACUUUGCAGGUAAGGAAAGGCCAGUGCCCCAGCAUCCAGCUGGCCAGCAGCCCCGGACUGAGACAUAUGCCAAUUUGUUACCAGCUGCCAAGCAGCCGCCCUGGCCCAGGUUCUGGGCGCCCAGAAAAGCAGGCACCCUUCAUCUCUGGGAGCUGUCUCCAAAUAAGACAGAACCAUCGAGCCUCCAGCCAAGAAAGUUGGCUGAGCGCUUGGAGACAGUCCCAGGAUGCCCUGGACCAGCAAGGGAGGAAUAGCAGGAGGGCCAGAGAACUAAGCUCAGCCUUUUGCAAAAAGAGUCUUGGACCUCACUGUCCCGAAGAGAAAUGAACAAAUGGGCAGUUGGCCGGUGAGAACAGUACUGCCUUGGGUCAUGACCCGGGGCUAGCCUUCACUCCCUCUGGGCUAUAAAACAACAGGUUGAAUAUUGGGGUGUCUGUGAUCACCCAGAUAUAGCCACUGUGCUACCUGAACUCCACAAAACACCUCUGCCAAUAAAAUGACCCUUCAGGUCAUCAAAGGCAGGGCCUGGCUGACACCAGGAAGAUGUGAUCAGCCCCGAGGGGUCCUCUCCAUCCAAGAACUGUCUACAUGGGAGCCCUCGCAGCCAGUGAGUGGGUCACAAGCCAGUGCUUCUUCAUGAGGAUAUGGAUGUAUACCCUGACCAGGCAGUCCAGCCCCAAGCCCCCGUCCUGGGUUCCCAGACCUUGGGCAAGCCUUUUUUCUGAGCCUCAAUUUUCUCAUCUCAGCUGACUGGGACUGUCUUGAAGGACCCAGCCUAGACUAAACAGAAGUGAGAAGCUCCCAGGCUGGGUAGAGCCAAUGCCCUAUUGUACAACCUCCCAGAAGUGCUGUGGCUGUUACCAGAAGUCCUUGCUGUGGUCUUUAGCCUCUUGUCUGUGUGCUUGACGUAGUUAGGGACAUAUGUCCAUGCCCCACCAGAUGCACCUAUGACCUCGGCUUGGUAUUCUCAUAGCUCUGGAGGCUGACCUUAGUGUCCUGGGUCACAAGUCCAGAGUCUCAGGAGCCCAGUUAGUGAUGUAGACACAGGUCAUGUGCCCUCAAACAUCCACCCCACCCCCACUGCAGUCAAGGAACACUCUUCCCCUUGUGUCCCCCAUAAAGAAUAAAGGG